AGCAAGAACGCUGGGCGCGGUGGAUGGAUUAAAAUUCGGCUACAGUUAUUUUCCUUCGUUUGAACUUAAUGGCUACACAAAUGGACAUGACCAACGCACUUUGGCUUGAUCGAGAUGGCAUAACCACAAUGUCUAGUCGCCAGUGUUAUCUUGGACGGAAAGUUUAGCACAGGUACGCCUAACGUAGUAUAUCCACCUAGCAAUGGAGCGCUCUAUCUAAAUACUACCGCAAGGACAGCUAAUUUUCAAGACGAAUUCGGCCAAAACAACCACCAUCACCAUGGCUACUACAGUCUUGGGAGUCGGCACAGGCGUUUUCAUCAUCACUGCUGUUUGGAUUGUGAGUUUCGUGCUCUGGAUGAUGCUUCUCAGAGCGUCUGGCUCAAUAAAGCUAGGAGUUGUCCCGGUUUUCUUCUUGGCUCUCACCGUCACACUGGCUCUGGUGUUUUUCCCUCAAAGUCCAUCAACUCCAUCUGCUUUCAAAGAGAAAGAGAUAGUGGACCCUUUGUUCAUCGCUCGCUACGUGCUGUUGGGUUUAGCGACUUUGAUCUUUCUCUUCGGGUUGGUCAUGCUGCUCCCCUUUCAUUUCCUGGAGCCAGUCUAUGCCAAAGCUUUGAGAACACACUAGAGGAUUUGGCACAGGACCAUGUUCCUGUUGUCCACACCUAAAAACAAGAGGAGCCAGUAGAGUCCCAUUUCGUCAUCAUCAUAGACUGUGGAAAUAAAAUGACGUGAAAUUUUACCAUAGCCAACCCCUACUGGUUGAUCACAGAUACAAGCUGGGUGUAGGUGAAUCCAUUUGUUUAUGACGGGCAAGGACUAGAAUUCCACAAAUGCUUUUAUCAAUGCCUUUUCUCAUUAAAGUCAGUAGUUCCAGAGGUGGGUAGUAACAUGUCAUUUACUCCAUUACAUUUAUGUACCUGAGUGACCUCUUAAGAAAAAUGUACUUCUAAUGCCUGAGUUAUACUCCCGCGUGGCAGUGACGGCGCAGCGACUACGGCAUCAUUCGACAUACGAUAGUUCUGCGGUGAGGGAACGCGUUGCUCUGUAAUUAACCGCCAAGCCACUAGAGGGGUGUGGCGUUAUGUUUGUACGAUUUUGGGGCAUGCUUGUUGACUUCCGCUAGUCUAGUUUAACGGAGAAAAAAUAAACAAUGCAAGAUGGAACUCUUGAAAAGUAAAUAUUCUGCUCAUCAACACUGAAUAAAUAUUGAACAUACAAAUGUUGAGGGGCAGGCGACGCAGAUGACGGUUUCGAGGCGGUCUGGCCGACUUUUGAUGCCGCACAGAGAGUUUUAGACUCGGGUGGAGAGAGCUAGCUGUGGCGACUAGCUUCAAACUGGCGUCGAGCACUGCGUUCAAAGUCUGCAAAGCCCUCCAGCCCGAUGUGUUUGCCGUGUCCUACAACCAGCCAGUGGGAAGCCAUAGCAGAUUUCUGGUGUCUAUGGAACUUCCCAAACUGCGUUGGAGCCUUGAUUUUAACGUUAUUAGAGGUGUGCAUUGGCACUGCCCUCACGAUUCGAUUCGAUUACGAUUCGGAGGGCCACGAUUCGAUUCGAUUCAGAGGGCCACGAUUCGGUUCGAUUCAGCAAUGCAUCACGAUGCAUUAAAGCCUGGGAUGCAUUAAAAUGCUAAAGCAAAGCAUAUUUUUCGUGAAUCAUGAGGCAACACAAGCGGUCAGACAUUGAACAACUUUUUAUAGGCUCUUGUGUCAUUCCUGGUUGUAGUCAAAUGAAAAUAGUAAUAUAUAUAAAAAUAAAAAUAAAAUAAAAACAACACAGCAUUUAAUUAGUGCUUUGAAUGAGACCAGGGCUUUCUUUUUUUUUUCUUUUUUUUUUUUUUACACACAGUAGCAGCCUUUCAUUUUUUACACACCGCAUAAGUUUGGUCAAGUUUCCCACCAACCUCAUAGAAGCCAAAAUGUCUCCAUAUGCCUGCUUUCAAUGUCUUUGUUGCGUCAAUAAUCUUUCGCGCUCCCUCUUUCUCCGCUUCAGCCAUUGUUGUUAUGUCUUAUCUCUCUGCUUUCUCGAUUGGCACUGCGCAAUUGCGCAUGUCUGUGACAAUACUCCCGUGAGGAAGCAGAUUUGGGUUCCUCGUCCCCCCUGCAUUUCUUGUACAGUAGCUCCCUCUACAGGUAAACAUGAGAAUAAUAAUACAAAUGGGGAAACCAAAUCCAUUGCAUCACUGGAAGAUUUUUGAACGGAGUUAUAUGUUUUAAUAUGUGCUGAAUCGAUUCGGCUUGUUGCCCGCAUCGAAUCGCAUCGUCCAUGGCCCGCAUCGGGAUGCAUCGCCGCAUCGAUUAUUGUUGACACCAGUAAACGUUAUCAUAAAAAACACCGAGGCACUCUCAAUCAGUGAUGAUGUAUCGUGUGUGAACUGUCUGUUAUUGAAAAUUAAAGAUCAAAACAACUCUUUUGACACCAAAUCUGUGCUUUAUUCUUCAUAUACUUGAAGUGUGACACGUAAAUAAGUCACAAACUCACAGCAAACAUGUACACAAUAAAUGAUGAAGUGCACCAACCAAAAAUAUGACAUGAAAUGAUAAAAAGUUGGCAGUUUUUGGCCGACUGGGUCACCGCUUCGUGUGGCCACUCGAUUCCGAACACACACCUCUCUGUGGUUCUUCCAUUUUUUUUUUCAAUCGCCGACCAUGCCAUUUGGCAAUCACAAUAAUGUCUUGACG